AUUAGUUCAUUUCAAUCAGUGUGUGAUUGUGAACUCAUUUGUGUGCCGUGUUGAAUCCUGGGACAUUUCCAAAUACUUGGACUCACUCGACUGGUUAGUCGUAUUGCUGCCCUUCAAGCUUCGUCCAGAAUGGAUCCAGCAGAGGAAGGCAGAUUUGACAGUGCCCUUCUACCAAUACUGUCACACCUUGGUAGAAUGGAUGGAUUUCUCGAGCAUGUUUUCAACUUCCUUUACCGUCGCACAGACUUUUACUUGGUAAUGAAGAGCGAGGCUGACACGGCUGGGUUCAUGCCAGGCAUCGCGGAAAAGCUCGUCAGGCAUAAUUUUAUGAAGUAUGAAAAAAUGGCCCGUGCAAGAGAAAGCGUAGUCGUGAAACCCAAGCAACCAACACCGCAGCCCAAAGCCGAAGUUCCAUCAACGAGCGAAACCAAUGUGACAUGUACAUCGCCGCGAUCCAAAGCUGAAGUUACACCAUCAAGCGACACAAGUGGGAAUAGUACGGCAGAUAGUACACCACCCGAGUGCAGCCAGGUUGCAUCGAAUACCCAGAGCAUGGUCAGCGACGAACCUAUUCCAGAGGCAGCGGCUGAUGUUACAAUAAGCUCAUCAUCCUCAACAACAAUGCCAAGCACUGAUUCCAGUGAGAUUUAUAAUGGUGCUAAAACUGACCUGUUCUCCUGGUCUCAAACAGUGACCGACGUGGACAUCAAAGUACCACUGCCAAAGGGCACGAAGGCAUCCCAGCUUUGUGUUGACAUUAAAACUAACCAUCUUUCUGUUACCGUUCAGAAAGACGGGUCAGACGUCGUCCUUCUAGAUGGUGACCUCUUUGAUCGAGUGCGAGUACCUGAAUGCAUGUGGAGUAAAGAUGGUGAUCAACUACAAAUUUGCUUGGAAAAAUACAAAGACUGCAUGUGGAAAUCUGCGUUCAUUGAUGGCCCGGAGAUUGACCUGAACAAGACUGACAAUACACGGCAGCUGACAGACUAUGAUGACGAAACCCAGACUGUUGUGCGAAAGGCUAUGUAUGACAAUGACCAAAAAAGGAAAGGCCUGCCAACCAGUAAUGAGCAAAAGACAUUGUCAGUGCUCGAGAAAGCGUGGAACUCUGAGGGAUCGCCAUUCAAAGGUACUGAGUAUGACCCGUCUGUUCUCAAUCUUUCUGGUUCAAGUGAUGGUAGCGGCUUGCCUCCUGGUGCAAUGUGACAAUAACAAAGAGCAAAGUCAAUAAGAUACAUCUAAACGACUCUGCUUGAAUCAGCUAGCUCAAAGCUCCCGAUUGUUUGUUAGGCAUUCGAGCCUUCCACCUAGCACAUCACUGAAUUUUCUUUUGCACUUCAAUGAAGCAAUGCUGUGUCCAACUGAUUUUGGUAAAGGAAUUGGUGUAUUGUUAUGCUAUGUGAAAAACACUCCCAAAGAAGUGUGUGACAUGUCUGACUUGACUUAUCCGUGAAGCUGUUCUUCCUCAGUGCUGCUAUCCAUUACUUGCUCCCAGCCAUUUACUUGUAGCUUUGAUGGACGCUGUAACGUUCUGCAAGCAUUUUGCCUAUUUUAUCAGUACCUGCUUUGCUGCAUGCUAUUGUAAUGGAAAUAUGUGUGGAACUGUCUUUAUUUUUGCUGUAAUUUUAAGGGUUCUUUUGCUUUGUUUUGUUUUAUUUUAUUUUUUUAGGUUAUAGGUUAGAUUUGGGUUUGGUUUCAACGACAUUCAAAAUCUUUUGCAGCUUCAAUGCAAUGGGACUUCUUACGAAGAGCAAAAUGAUUAAUUUAUCAAGAAUUCGUUUCUGAGAACGCAUUAGGGUUGCUUCACUGAUAAUUUGGCAUAUCAGAUUUGGCAUAUUGAAGUACACAUCUGCGCGUAUAUCAAGGAGUCCUAGCGUACAUGGGGACACCACGAGA